GGUACUUCUUGCAAUAUGAACAAAUUGUGUGUACUUUAGUUUAAACUGUUACAUAUUAAUGUUUUAGAACUACCUUGGAACAGUUACGUGAAGUUAAUGCGUUGCCCACUUUCGUUCAAGUUGGAAAUGAAAUAAACAAUGGCAUGUUAUAUAACGAGACUGAUCAGAGCUGUAUUGAAGGCGGAAAACUCUGGCUAGAAUGUGGAGAAAACAACUGGGAUUCAUUCACAAAGCUGGUAAUUGCAGGAAUCAACGCAGUACAUCAUGUUUCAAAGAACAUUGAAAUCAUGAUUAACGUCGGCAGUUCUAUCAAGGCUCUGUGGUGGUACACCGAACUCGGCAAACAUAUGGACAUCAACCUCAUUGAUGUGUUCGGUUUGUCAUAUUACCAAAAAUAUAAUCCUGGCUACUUUUUGAACAAUCUUGAAACAAAUCUUAAAGCCUUGUCUGAACGGUUUAAAAACCAUGAUAUUCAUAUCGCUGAAACGACGCACCCCUAUCGACACGUUGAGGAUCCCAAUUUACACUAUCCAGAGACUGCGGAGUUUCCCUUUACUGCCCAGGGGCAACAGGAUUACGCUCAGGGGCUCAUCAAUGUCGUAAAGUCAGUGAGGAGGGCUACUGCUGUCACAUGGUGGGGAGGAGAAUGGUGUCGACCAGGAGACACUGAAUUUCAUGUUUCAUCUUCACAUUU